AUGGCGGUGGCGGCGAGACGGUUGACAUUGCGAGGAGGAGGUCUUGCAGUCCUCCUCGUCUUGAUUGGCAUGGCUGAGUCGUACAUGACAAAUUAUGUCUGCAACACUUCAUAUGAGCUGGUCGAGAAGCAAAAUCUGUCACGAACAGCGGAACCUGGCAAGGUUGAAUUUUUCUGCAAAGACUAUGUGAAUUAUACUGCGGUCUGUGAUACGGGGAUCGAUCCAAAUCUCGGUUUCAAUCCCAGUUGCAACAACACCUUUGCCAUACAGGUGUUUGCAAACCUUCAGCGAGCCCUCAGCGUCUACAGCUGCAGGGAGUAUAGUCGUAUCUGGACAUGCGACAAUUGUCGAUCAAUUGAAACAAUCAAUGUCAAGCACGUUGACACUUCUGCAGGUUCUGCUGCAUACAAGCGAUGGCUCUGUGCCUCAAUUUAUCGCAAAUGUGCUUGGGAGGAUCCCUCCCUUCCCGGCCACCAGUGUCCUACCAACUUCACCAGGACUAACUAUCAAGCAAUUCCGGACUGUGUUGUUAAAACAUGCCAAGAUGUCUGCUACGAUGUUGUGAGAAAAUGCCCUGUAAACCUGGGCUUUCAAUGUCCUCCCGUCAACGACAUUCGAGAAUACGAUGUUUCUAAUUGUGAGAUUGUCAUUCAGUUUAACCAGAAGCAGUUUGAUAGCGCUGCAGAAAAAAACGCGGCUCGAUAUGGGUAUCAUAAAUUUUGCCCACUUUCAAUGUCGAACUGA